GCAACGCUUCCAAAGCACGGGAUGGCCUUCCCUGUGGACCUCCUGGAUAACUACAGUCAUGAAGAUCUGGAGAGUUCUGGAGAAGAUUAUCUUUCUGAUCUUAGGUGUGGAGAUCCAGAAAAUCCAGCUUUCCUGUCUCUUGGCAGUAAUGUCAAAAUUCCAAUUUGUUUAUCAACGGUAGGCUUCGUUCCCAUUUAUGGUGGAGAGGAAAGGCACAAAGUCCUUGCGUUGUUUGCACCAGAGGAUUCACUUGCAGCUGUUGCUCUAUUCCUUGCUGAUCAGUGGUGGACCAUAGAGAUAUUUUGAGAACACUGCUCCUCUAGAGAAGGACUUCUACGGGUAAAGUCUAUUGGGGAGAGAGUGGUUCUUUACGUGCUAAACAGAAUAAUUUAUCGCAAACAAGAGAUUGAGAAAAAUGAAUUUCCCUUCCUUUGUCAUGGUAGCCAUGAUUAUGCAAAGAUUCUAUGGAAGAAAGGAGAGGCGAUUGGCUUUUAUUCUGUUAAGCUCCCAGGAAGCAUAUGUAGUGCCUUUCUUACCCAGAGCUACCAGCUUCCAGUCCUGGACACAAUGUUUGUGAGAAAGAAACAUCGAGAAAAAGACUUUGGGCUACUGAUGCUGGAAGAUUUUGUAGAUUCUUUCACAGAAGAUGCAUUGGGCCUCCGGUUCCCACUCACAUCUUUCAUGCAUGCUGCUUGCCAGAAAUACUUUGAAAGGUACCCUGGGGAUCAUGACCUUCUGUGGGAAGUUGAAGGAAUAGGUCAUUGGCACCAGAGAACACCUAUAGCUAGCAUAUUGCAGAGAGAAACUUUAAAAUACAAAGAGGGCUCACUGAAAGAAAGUCAUAUUUCCCAGAAGGAGGAUGGAUUUCUGCAGACUGCCGUGGACCACAGCUUAGCAGAUCAGCAAACAGCUGAACCCAGUGAAACACUUCAAAGUGUAGGUACACAAGCUGCUAGCACUUUGUUCUUGCCCCUACACAGAUUGGAACCUGUUGCACGUGUAUCUGAAAGUUCAGAAGAGUUGGUGGAUGAAAUGGAGGAAAAUGUGGCUGAAAGUGAGCAGGAGAUACUGGUAGAAAAUCAAAAACAACCUACCCAAGAAACAUCACAAUUAUGUGCUCCACCUGAGAAGCAAGAUGAUAAAGAGGAAACUGAUGUUGAGCCAGUCAAUGGAGAGCUAAUGGAAAAUGCCAUCAAGGUGUCAAUAGUAACUGAAGGACAAACAGCUAGUGAAGUUAUGGAUGGAGAUUCAAAGCUCCCAUCAGAAAGUUCAGAGGAAGCAACUUUAACUCUCCUUGUCCCAAUAAUCCUGGAUUCCUCAGUAAAAUCCACUGAAGACAGUGAAGACAAUGUUUCUGAUAAGGCUGAGAGCAUGGCAGAUACAGAAGUGCCAAUGGAAGAGGAGCAACAAGCAACACAGAGGAAAAAAGGACUUGUUCAAAAUGCUGAUCCCAUUUCAGGAGCAGAGAAGGAAGAACCUUCCAAUAAUGGCCUUUCAAACUCUGUAGCAACUAUGGCACCAGAAGAUGGCAUUUCUGAGAAUGUGUCUCCCAACACAACUUCUUCCUUGGAAGAGCAAAGUGAGGAGGGAGGGUCUGACUCCCCGGAAGCCCCUGUUGCUUUGGGUCAGGGAGCUUUAGUGAUGGUUGAACUGGAGGACAUCUCAUACCAGCAGCAUUCAGAUGGGCAAAAGAACCAACUGGAUGAACAGUCUGAAGAGUCAGCUGAACCAGCAUCAGAGAAAGCUGCUGAUAGCAGUUCAGAGGAAGUGGAAAUUGAGGUGCCCAUAGUGGACAGGAGGACCCUACGAAGAAAGGCCAAAGGAUAUAAAGGACCACCCAAGAAAAAAGGGAAGCUAAUUUGAAAGGAGAGCUGUUGUCACUGAAAACAAUGUCUGUGUUCCUUUUUCUUUUUUAAAGGACAAGCUGAAUGGAACACCAGGACAUUCAUGUAUUCAGACACUGGUAUCAAACCCUAUUUUCAUUUCUUGGCUAUACAUAUUGUGCAUUCACCCAUUAUCCAAGGAGACAAAAGUCAGAUAUGGAGGUACAUGAUCGAUAUUGCUUUACAAAAUGUGAAAAUAUCUAUUUUAGCACAGUGACUUUGCAUCAGCGAUAUUGGAAGUGUUGAAUGACCAAGCAAAUGUCAUAGUGCAUUGUAAUUAUUACUAUCUGAUUUGGUUAAGUUUGCAAACUGUUACAUGGAAUAACUAUUUCCUUAAAAGUGAGUCAAAUAGAUAUUCAUUGUCUAAUACAUGUCAUAUGCUUCGUUAGUCCCCAGGAGGUAAGCUUGAGACAUGGAUAAGCAAUCUUGUGUCCUACAGAUAUUUAUUUUGGAUUACAGCUCCCAUCAACCCAGCCAUUGCUCAGGAUUAUGGAUGCUGUACACCCAGAUCUAGAGGGCACAGAAAUGCCUCUCCCUCCAUUGGGAGUGGAAGGGAACCCAGUCUGCCAUUAGCUUGCUCUGCAUGGUGUGGAAGGGUUAAUUACACGCUGUAUUAAGUCUUGGUAACUUCCCAAGUUUGGGCAGAACAGAUGUUGUAACUAUAGUUAUAUUUAAAGACUGUAUCAUUAUUUUGUAGUAAAUUACUCUUCAGCAAUAACAAAAAUAGAAAACAUAUGACACUAUUUGUGUUUAGCUGUGCUCAUCUUUCUCCUCAUUUUUAAUUCUUCAUGGACACAGUAUCCCAGUUGAUUAAAUCAAGUGUUACACGUUCCCAGGUAUAGAUCAGCUAAUCCUAGAUUUUUGGUUCAUAUUGGAGUCCUCGGCUUAUUUCACCUGUGAAUAAAGACUGGUUUUCUUUCACAAAUAAAGAUCCUAAUAAAUAGAAUGAGUAUAAAUUAGAAUAGUAGCAUAGACACUGAUAAGAAUCGUAAUAUUUAUAUGAUUCCACCUUUUUAUAAGUAGUACAGUUGGCAAGGUUUACAAAUAAUAGCCUAGAUCCAAUACAACAGAACCUCCUGCCACUGGAAAUCCAGUUCCAAAGGGUUAUCCAGCCUCCUAGAACAGGUUUUUAGGGUGUAGAGGCAGCUACAGUGUGAAAGGGAUAUCAUUUCCUCUUCUGAUUCUACUGAUGGAAGCAUUUCUAUCAGUGGAUAUCCUUGUUGGAUUUAGGCCACUGUCUUAAAUUAGAAACAACUUCUUUUUUAGUAUAUAUUAAUAAAAAGCUUCACUUGCAUAGCUUUGAAGUGUUUUGAUUUUAAUCUAAGAAUUGGUCUAUUUUGGCUUUCUGGUUGUACAAACUUUCUGAGUAUUUUCUAAGAACUCAGUUAAUUGCUUUUAAAAAACUUUUUGUCUUGAAGAAAGUGCUUUUUUUUUUUAAAGCAUGCCGUAAGUUUUGAAUUUGAGGUGUAUACAAGUGUUGAGUUAAGCCUGCAUUUUCAGGAUGUUGUGCUUUUUUCUACCAAUGUACAUUUUGUAUAUUGUGGGUUAGGAGUGUAUUUGCAGAAGUGUGUGCUUGUAAGAAAACAUACUCACAUGUACUAUCACCAUUUCUAGAUCUGAUUAACAGUUUACGUCUCAUAGUACUAACGUUUUUUGCUUUUUUGUAAAUUGGACACCUUGAAAAUUUAAAAAAUAGUCUGCAGUUUUUGCUAUUGCAUAAUGAUUGGAAUUUUCAAGGGUGAUGUGGUUUAAAUUACAAAGAACUGGUGUACAGUCUUUUUAAUAGAUGCAGGAUGUGGUUGUUAGAUGUUUUGGGCUAAGCUUUAAUAAAGUAAUCAUUUAAUGAAACUUUUACAGUUCUUGCACUGUAAAUCAAAACUAUAUUUGGUGAGGUGACUCAAGUCUCUAUUUUAUAAUAGCUCCUGCAUUAGUAGUCAUUAGAUGUUCUGAAUCAUUGUGUUUUCCCCAAGUCAAACGUUACUUUUGUUACAAUUAAAGCCCAAAAAACUCUGUCCCAAGUCCAUUUUUCUUUUGAUUUUGUAACUUAAAAUGGUCCUUGAUGGAAUAUCUCAUUGCCAACUGUUCAGCUUCUCAACACUUCUAAGGUCUUGCUGUAAUAUUAUGAAACCUGAAGGAAUUCUUAUAAUAAAGCUGUGACUUUAAGAGCA